AUGGAAAUGGGCACUAGUGACCAGGUCCUGGUAGCCACUAAACGCAAGAAGACAUUAACAUACGCCAUAGGCAUCGCCGCAAUGUUGGCAAUCAUAGCAGUGAUAGUAACUCUUGUAGUAGUUCUUACUGGAGGAGACAGUGCUGCUGUCGAUCCUAUUAUAACGACAGAAGGGCCUACAUCGCCUGACAUACCGACAAGCGAAGCACAAACAACAUCACCUAUCGCUGUAGAAACUACCACCGAGGCUGUACUGUCUCCAAUAGAUUUGGAAGAAAUUAUUGAAGGAGCUUUUGCAACACCGUCGUUCAAUGCUACAUGGGCUUCAGGAAACGAGGCGAUAUUCAGGAAUGCGUUCGGUGACUUAAUACUCUUUAAUGUCGACACAUCGGCAACACAGACACUAGUGCAAAACUCGUCACAGAUUUUGCAAAGGUCUUCAAGAGUAGCAGCAUUGUCGCCGGAUCGUACAGUAGUGGUAUUAGCACAUGAUGUCGUGCCGGUGUACCGGUACAGUUUCCUAGCCCGUUACAGUCUAAUCGAUGUUGAGGAUGGUAACCAAACUGACAUUCUUCCAACAAAUGUUGAUUACGAACAAGGUUUCCUCCAGAACUUCGUGUGGGGACCAAGUGGGACUGCGCUGGCUUUCGUUUAUCUAAACAAUAUUUACUACCAGGGCAGUAUGAAUGAAGAACCCAGGCAGAUCACUACUUCCGGAGUAUUGCACGUUAUCUACAAUGGAAUCCCUGAUUGGGUUUAUGAAGAGGAAGUGUUUGGCUCAAACAACGCUAUCUGGUUUUCCAACGACGGCAAUAAGCUUGCGUAUGCCACUUUCAACGACACCGAUGUUCGCAUCAUGAAAGUACCACAUUACGGUGUACCUGGAUCUCUUAACUACCAAUACACUCAACAUCAUGACAUUCGUUACCCCAAGACUGGGACAACCAAUCCUACGGUAUCAGUGACGUUGUUUAAUCUCUUAACAAAUGAAAACAACGUCUACGAAGCUCCCACCGACUUGAAUGAGCCAAUCCUAAAGAGUGUUCGUUUCGUGAAUAAUGAUAACAUCGCGGUGAUGUGGACCGACCGAGUACAAACCAGACUAAGCGUGGUCAUAUGCACUAGUGGAGUACCAACUUGCUCACAGAUUUACACUUAUAGUGAAACCAACGGCUGGAUUGAUAAUGUUCCUCUUAUAUUCAACGAAGCUGGCAAUUCCUUCAUCACCAUUUUGCCACAGGUAAGAAUCCAGACACAAAUAAAAGUUUACAGAAUAGUGGUAGCAGCCUCAGAAUAA